AUGGGUGUUAAGGGGCUUUUGCCACAGUUGAAGAGCAUCCAGGAGCCUAUGACGCUCGAGAGGUACAGAGGGAAAAGAUUAGCCAUUGAUUCAUAUGCUUGGUUACACAGAAGUUCGUUAUCAUGUGCAUGGGAGUUGGCUCAAGAUUUAGAAACCACAAAAUACAUCUCAUUCUUCAAAAAGAGAAUCAUGAUGCUUAGACAUUUUGAAAUAGAACCAUAUUUUGUGUUUGAUGGGGAUAAUUUCAGUAGUAAAAGUGAUACUGAACUGGAGAGGGAGCAGAAAAGACUAAAAAACAAAGAAAAAGGUUUAGAAUUACUGAGAAAUGGUGAUAAGAAGGGUGCUUUUGAAUUUUUUUCCAAAAGUGUUGAUAUAACGCCAGCCAUGGCAAAAGCUGUUAUUGAAUAUCUCAAAGAAGAAAAAAUUAAGUAUAUUGUUGCACCAUAUGAAGCAGAUCCACAAAUGGUUUACCUUGAAAAAUUAGGGUUGGUUGAUGGGAUUAUCAGUGAAGAUUCAGAUCUUUUGGUCUUUGGUGCCCAACAUCUAUUGACAAAAUUGAAUGAUACUGCACAAUUUGUUGAUAUCCGGAGGGAAAAUUUCAAGAAUUGUAAAGAAGUUCCAAUUGGUCUCAUUGAUGAUUCUCAAUUAAUAAUGGUGGCAUGUUUAAGUGGGUGUGAUUAUACUUCUGGUGUGCCAGGUGUUGGUAUAGUGACUGCUUUUAAAUUAGUCAAGAGAUUAGGUACUAUGGAUAAAUGUUUGAUGAGUUUGAGACUUGAAGGUAAAUCUAAUGUACCACAAGGUUUUCAAUUAGAGUACAAAAAGGCAGAUUUAUCAUUUAGAUUCCAAAGAGUGUUCAAUCCAAUCACGAAUGAAAUAUCAACUUUGAACGAAGUACCUCAAUUGAUGAAAUCAGAUGAAGAAUUGUUACCUGAAUGUAUUGGUCCAUUACAUGAUAAUGAUAUUCACUUCAAAGUCGCAAUGGCUGAGUUAGAUCCAAUAUCUAAAGAUACAUUAUUGAGUAGAGAAGUCUCAAUUAAAUCUCAAUCGUUCAAUGUCAUACAAACUCCUAUCAAACCCGUUCCAGUACAAGAAAGGGUUGCUAAAAGAUCCUACUCAACACCUGUUAUUAAAACCAAUAAUAAAAAAAGUAUUGAUUCAUUCUUCAAGAGUGUACUAACUUCACAAAAGAAAACAAAUACAGAAACCCCCGUGGCCAGAAGCUCAACGGUUCCUUCAAUUACAAAUGAUCAUAGAGUUUUAACACCUAAAUCGUUAUCACCAACUUCCAAAAGAAGAAAGAUGUUUAAUACACCACUGAUAAAUCCAACAGAGAUUCCUUCAUCAAGUAAAUUCUUUUCCUCAAAGAAACCAGCUCUGAUUACUAAAGGUACUACAACCAAUAUAUUAAAUUCACCAGAGUCAUCAAGUCCGGAGCUACAACCUACAAAGGAAAUACCGAUAUUGGGAAACAAUAGUAUUUUGCCUGAUAAUAUUGAUGAAUUAUCUGUUAUAGAGAAACCAAAUACAUCAAAUCUUGAAUUCAAACUGAAAAGCUUAUCAAAUGUUAAUUCAAGUGAUUUCGAGCUGACAGAUCCAGACGAUGACGAUGAAGAGCAAUCUGGAGCAGACAAUAGCAUUGGGAAAAUCAGAGAACAUGAUUUAUUUGGAAAGAAGGAGCAAAUCAAUGAUAAACUUCGGGAAGAGAUACCUUCAAAUACUCAUGUCUCAAAUCAUGCUGAAAUCACUAAAGGACUUUAUAAAAAAUUCGGGUUCAAUAGCUCUUCAAGUUCACAAUUCACCACAUCAGGAAGGGAAAAUAGUUCCAGAUCCAAACCGUUAAAAUCUAUACAACACAAUGGAAAAAUCAGAUCCAAUACAUCAACGCUGAAAACUAAACGAGGCAUUACACGAAAUUUUACAUUAGAUAGUUUUAUUUAUAGAGGUCCAUAA